AUGGUGGCGGAGGAGGUUAUAAUCUCACUAUCAGGGGGAGCGCCUUGGGGUUUUCGACUGCAGGGGGGUGUGGAGCAACAGAAACCUCUUCAGGUUGCCAAGGUUCGUAAGCGCAGUAAAGCUUGCCGUGCAGGGCUUCGAGAAGGAGAUGAGCUGGUGUCUAUUAAUGAGAGCCCGUGUGCAGGUCUGUCCCAUGCUCAGGCUAUGAACCUAAUCGACAGCAUCCCUGGAACCCUGCACAUCCGCAUCAAAAGGGCACCGACUGGUUUUCAGUCGGUUGUUCUGAUGGAACGAGCUCCUUCACCCCGCAUUGACAAAGAGUACCGUGCUGCUCUUAGGGCCAUGACACCGGCCGGCUCCAGAACCCAGCAACCAGCUGUGAGGCAGGUCCACCGAGGGUCUGUGAUAUCACCGGCAGGACACAGCGGACUCACGUCUCCCCCUGGCAGCGAGGCGUACUACGGAGAAACAGACAGUGACGCAGACGUGGCGGCGCACGAGAGGCAGCGAAGGCAGAAGCGCCGAAGCCCAAGCAACUCCGGUAACCCGGGGAAGACGGGUCGCGUCUCUCCUGAGGGCGGCGAGACGUCAGAGAUGAGCGGUUAUGACAGCGCUCCAGACGUCCAAGCUUACCCCUUAAUGGAGACGCUGGGGCGGGGAGACACCCUGCCAGGUGUGGCACGCAAAGAGGUGAUCUACCAGCCCCCUCCACCUGGGGCGUGGUCCUCCCAGACUUCCACUGAGACGUCGUCCAUGAGUGCAGAUGACCAGAAUCCCCGUGAGGGGGCUCCAGAGGAGGACAGUGGGUUCCAGGACCUCACCAAUGUGCCCCCUCUUGUGUCACCAGAGAGAGCUAAGGAGGCACUGAUGCUGAGCUCUCAAAUACAGCUGGUGCCCAUGGUGGGGCCAGUAGACACGCCCGUGGAUGAGGAGCUUACCAUGACCUAUAUGGACAAAGCAAAGCAAGCCAAGUUAAAUCGUGGUGAGUCGGUUCAGGACAAGCAAGUGAGAGAGGCACGAACCAAAUGCCGUACUAUUGCCUCACUGCUGACUGAUGCCCCCAACCCCCACUCCAAGGGUGUGCUCAUGUUCAAGAAGCGAAGGCAACGCUCCAAGAAGUACACGCUGACAAGUUUUGGGAGCGUGGACGAGGACAUGCGUCAGGAUUCCCAGGAAGAGGAUGGUGUCUUCCCUGGCAGCGAGUCAGAGUUUGACGAGGAUGGUUUUUCAGCGGCACCCGAUCCCACCUGGGACAGUGACUACCUGGACGUACUUGAGAGGAGGUCUGCCUCAGUAAACAGGGUUGUCGAGGGUGAAGGUGCAGACGACGCCCCAAGUCCUGGCCUAAGUGACACAGCAGGGAAAGGAGCACAGCUGUUUGAGCAGCAGCGAAGAAGGGCAGCAGAGCACGCAAAGAAGGUGGCUGCCUCUCAAGCACAGCUGCAGAGUCCAACGCAGACCCAGCCACAGACAGAAACACAAACACAACCACCUCUAGAGCCAAACAACCAGAUGCCUGUGUUAACUCAACAGCCAGAAAUACAAACAAAGCCCUCGAUCCAGCCCCCACCUGUGGCUCCAAAGCCAGUUAGGACAACAGAAGCACAACAGCAGCAAGAGGCUAAAACCACAGAGAUGCCAGUCACAAUCGCUCCACAGGCAGUGACUCCCUCCAUCUCUGCCAUGACGAAUGGCCAUGCCACCACCGCUGAAUUGUCCAUAUCAGAUGUGAUCCCCAUAGCAACUGGUAUGGUGCCAUCCAUAGAAACUGUCAUGCCUACACCCCCUGCCCCUCUCCCUGAGUUGCCACCUAGCUCUGUGCUGAACAGAACUGCCCAACCUUUUGCUCCGGGCUUCAUCACCAACCGGGCUGCCACGGCACCCGUUGUAUUCCGCCCCUCUGUUGCCAAGAAAACACCACGGCCAGUAUCGGUGGCUGUUGUUGCACUUCCAUUCUCUGCUGCAUCUGAAGAGAGAGCAAUAGCUGUCGCUCCUGCCAGUAGUGCCCCAUCAGUUGCAGUUAGCCAGGUGAAUGCCAGUGAACCUGUAGCAGAUCACACCAUGACAUCUGUUGUGUCCACUGGACCCUUAUCACCUCCCUCCUCUAUGGCUGUGGCAACCCAUGCUCUACCUCCUCAUUUCCCCUCAAUGGAGAACAUACAGGCUGCCACAGUGGUACCUCCGGCUGCCAUACAUACUCCAGCAAUUACCAGCGAAUCAGUCUUAGUUAUAACUGCUGUCACCCCUGCUCCUUCUGCUAUUACCACUGCUCCCAACCCUUUGGCCCCUGUGAUCCCUCAUACUCCUGUGGCUCCGACUGUCCCUGGACCUCCUGUGACCCAUGUUUCUGCAGGGGAAUCCCAUGAGAACAUCCACGGUCGAACAGGAAUCCUCCUGGAGGCUCGUAGGCGCAAUGCCUACCGGCCCAUGUUCAGAGUACCCGACAACAAUAAGAAUUCACCUAACCCUGAACUGUUGUCUAUGGUGCAAAACCUGGACGAGAGGCCCAGGCAUAGUUACCCAGAGCCAACAGUCCCAAUGACUGGCACAGUGGAUGACUACAGCAGAGAUGCUGACUACUCCCAAAGGGGAAAGGUCCCACCACCAGUGGCACCCAAACCACGUGUCAUACCUGAGGUAACCCACAUUCCUCAGGCGGAAGGAAAAGGUGCUGAGCUAUUUGCAAGGAGGCAGCGUCGCAUGGACCUGUACGUAGUGGACUCUCCACCAUCCUCUUUUCAGCAGCCAAUUCCUCAGCCCCAGCCGACCGUGGCCAUGAACCAGCAGCAAGACGACUUCUUGUCUAGCUCAUCUCUUCCAUCCAACUGGAAGUACUCCCCUAACAUCCGUGCUCCCCCACCCAUUGGAUACAACCCACUGCUCUCACCCUCAUGCCCUCUGGGGGUGCAGCGAGGAGGGGCAAAGGGAUCUGAUGGAAGCACAACGGGAGCUCGGAGUGGUUACGGGACACAGAAGGAGGGAAUCAAAGCCAUAGACUUCAUGAGGAGGCAGCCUUACCAGCUCAACCCAGCUAUGUUCAGCUUUGGUGGAGGUUCCAACGUUCAGUCCUCAACACCGUUCUACCAGAGGCAGCAACAAGAAGGGUACACUCUCACCCCUCCCAAACAGAUCCCAGUCAAGGCCGCACGCGUUUAUGAGAUCAAACGUUUCUCCACCCCCACUCCGAUGUCGGCAUCUCCUAUCAACCCCACCGUGAUUGCCCCGCGCUCACAAACCACCUUGGGUGAGCCACUGUGUCGCUCAGACAUGACCUCACCACCCCUUGUCCCUACUUCUCCACCUCCACCUCCAUCUGCUCCCAUCCCAGCUCGAGCCCCAGGCCUGCCAGAACUCCCAAAAAUUUCUGCCGCCCCCGUCGUCCACCCCUUGCCUUACUCGCCCCCGGCCCCGAUGUCAAGCAUGUCGAGCCUGAGCUACCCUGGUCUCCAAGCUGCCAAGCAGUUCAAAAGUGCGCCAGAAUUGAGUGCUCUGCCCCCUAAUCCCCUGAGGGUUGCACCAGUCCAAGCACCUAAGCCCCGUUUCAUUGCCACACGGGUGGGCAUCCAGCCCCGUGUGUGGAGGCCUGGAACUCUGCAUCACUGA